AUGUUUGCCAAGACAAACUUCUUGUUCUUCUACCUCCGCCUCUUCUCAGACGAACGAUUCCGCCGUUUGACAUGGGCUAUAAUAUGGACUUGCAUCCUUUCGGCUAUAUCCUUUCUCGUAGCUACCUCAGUCAAAUGUUGGCCCAUCAGCUACACCUGGACGAAAUGGGAUGGCGAGCAUCAGGGGCACUGCCACGACAUCAACAUUCAAACUUGGGUUCAUGCUAGUGUGAAUAUCAUACUGGACAUUGUGGUGGUUUCCUUGCCAAUCUCCCAGAUUGUGAGACUCAAUUGGCGCUGGAAACAAAAGUUGGGAGCGGGCAUGAUGUUUGCCGUUGCGCUUCUGAUCACCCUUGUCUCGAUUCUGCGCCUGAAGACCAUCAAAUCCUUCAUGAAAACUUCAAACCCUACUUGGGACAUCGUGCCCAUAUCCAACUGGUCCUUCGUCGAGCUGAAUGGGUUCAUCUUUUGCUCUUGCAUGCCUGCCUUUAGGAAUUAUUUUCGUCGAAUCUUCAGGCGCAGAAGAGGGGACUUGCCACUCGGCAAUAGAGGACGACUACGGACUGUUGUGGACAGAACUAUCCAGCCCGGAGGUCAGCUGUACGAGAUUGUUUCAGUUGACGUCGAUCAAGAUGGUGGCUCUGAUCACUCACUACAAGAGCUUAGCCAGAUCGACUUGGGUGUCGGGCAUCUCCCCACUAAUGUUCUAGCCAUGGAGAGUGACCGAGGCGCUUCUCAAACAUCUGCAACGGAACACGCAGAUCACGAUAAAAACUCUGCCGAGAUGGAUCUUACAGACCUCUACCACCUGUCAUCUCUGAUAUUCGAGAGUGUACAGGAGAAUGCUGGGACGCCGCGAAGAAACUACGCAAACAACCAAGAGGCCGAAAAAGAACGGAAAAGUAGAGGAUGA